AUGAAGCACGCGACGACUCUUGCUCGCUUCCUCGGCGCGGCGCUGACGGCCGCCUCCGCCGCCGCCGCUGUCACCAUUGCCGAGAUCAAUGGCAACCAGUUCGUCUCGCCGUUCAACGGCAAGGACGUUACCAACCUCACCGGCCUCGUCACCGCCUCCAACGAAAACGGCGUCUGGCUGCGCUCGCUGCAGCCAGACCAUGACGAUCGCACCUCCGAGGGCCUCUACGUCUUUGGCAAGAGCAUCCUCACCAGUGUCAAGGUCGGCGACGUCAUCUCGCUCGACGGCCGCGUUGAGAUGUACAGAUCCAACAAGAACUAUAUUCAGCUCACCGAAUUCAGCCGUCCCACAAACGUCGUCGUCCGCUCCAGCGGCAACCCUGUCAAGCCGCUCGUCAUUGCCGUCGACACCCUCUCACCCCCGACGCAGGACUACACGGGCCUCGACGUCGGUGGCAUCUUUGGCGUGCCCAACGCUGUGAACCUCGUGUCCACGUCUAAUCCCACCCUUGACCCGGCCCGGUAUGGCCUCGACUUUUGGCAGAGCCUGCUCGGCGAGCUCGUCACCAUCAGGGGCGCCUAUCAGACCAGCCGUCCCAACAACUUUGGCGAUGUCUGGGUGCGCGGCGCCUGGAACACGACCGGCAUUAAUGCGCACGGUGGUAUCACCAUGCUCGAAGGAGACGCCAACCCAGAGACCAUCAUCAUCGGCUCUCCACUUGAUGGCUCCAAGAACCCCAACAACACCAAGCUUGGUGACUACCUGGGUGACGUGACCGGCGUCGUGUACAACGCCUUUGGCUUUUACCGUCUGCUUCCGCUGACCGCCGUCGCGCCUGUCGUUUCCGCCAGCAGCGAGUUCCCCCCUGUGGCCUUCAACAGCACCGGCAACUGCCGGGGCGUCACCGUCGCCUCGUACAACGCCGAGAACCUAGCCCCCGACUCGGCGCACCUGCCCCGCGUCGUCGACCAGAUCGUGCACAAGCUUCGCUUGCCCGAUCUCAUCUUCCUGCAAGAGGUCCAGGACAACUCGGGUCCGACGAACAAUGGCGUCGUCUCAGCGAGCCUCACACUCACCACCCUCACCGACGCGCUUCUCGCUGAAUCGGGCGUCAGCUACAACUUUUCCAAUGUCGACCCCGUCAACAACCAGGACGGCGGCCAGGUCGGUGGCAACAUCCGCCAGGCUUACCUCUACCGCAACGACGUCCUCCGCCUGCAAGACCCCAAUCAGGGCGGCAGCACCGAUGCGAACCAGGUCCUCGACGGACCCGUGCUCAAGUACAACCCCGGUCGCAUCGACCCCGCCAACCCCGCGUACGCCAAUAGCCGCAAGCCCCUCGCCGCGCAGUGGAAGACGCUCCGCGGCGGUAAGCCCUUCUUCACCGUCAACGUCCACAUGGGCAGUAAGGGCGGCUCGUCCACGCUCCACGGCGACCAGCGCCCUCCCCUCAACAAUGGCGUCGACAAGCGCACCACCCAAAACGAGGUCGCCGCCGCCUUCAUCGCUGAGAUCCUCGCCAAGGACCCCAAGGCGCGCAUCAUUGCCGCUGGCGACUUUAACGAGUUUGCCCAGGUCCAGCCCAUGCGCGUCUUUGCCGACAAGUCGGGCCUGACAAACAUGGACGACGUCGUCAACACCCCGCCCGAGGAGCGCUACAGCUACCUCUUUGACAUGAACUGCCAGACGCUCGACCACAUGUACGCCAGCAAUGCCCUGCGCCGCAACGCCAAGUUUGAGCACCUCCACCUCAACACCUGGCAGGACUUUGACAGCCAGGUCAGCGACCACGACCCCAGCGUGGCGCAGUUCAACGUCUGUGCUUGCUCCUAG